UGUUGACAACGGCUGUUAUUUGUGUUGAGUGACUGUUAUCCUAACGGCCUUGACUGUUAUUUGGUUGCUAUUUUCAUUUGUAGUGGAAUUCCCGAAGUGGAGGAAUGAGUUUUGGUUUAAUUAACUUGCCCUGCCUUCAAGCGAUGCACAGAAUAGCCUGGUGUCAGCUGAGGGUAUGACCAGGUGACAGAGUCGGACGGCCGCCACCAUGGGCGGCACCGGGAUGGUGGAGCUGCGCUUCUCCGAGCUACGCGAGCGACUCGACCUGCUCGGCUACCGGCAGCCGCUCAGUUUGGACUCCCUCCCGCUGGCCGAGUGUAUGCUGGCCGACCUGCUGCGCACCACCGACAGCCUCAAGGCCACCAAGAGGCAGCUGCAGGCGGCUGACCGUGAGGCGGCCGAGGGACGCGACUGCGUGGAGCCGUACCGUCAGGACAACGCCCGGCUCUGUCAGGAACUGAGCGCUCUGCACGAGCAGCUGAGCGCCGCCGCCGAGAAGCACCAGGCCGACACGAAGGAUCUGCGGGCGGACGUCCGCCGGCUGACCGAUGAGAACGAGGACCUGCGCUUCCUCUGCGGCCAGUACCGUAAGCAGGCGGACGCCGCCGAGCAGCGGCUGUUCGCGCUGCUGGAGAAGCAGCCACAGCCGCUGGCGUCAGUGACCGUCACCGGUGAGCGGCCGGCCGGGUCGCAGCGCGGCCGCCGCCAGCGGCUGGACAUCAGCAGUCACCUGGACAGCAGCCGGCCGUCGGCAAACUCCACCGGCCGCUCACUUACUGAGAGCGGCCGCGGACAGGCCGAUCGGCACACCAUCGACCUCGUGACGGCCGCCGAACAGCGUGUGGCCGACCUGGAGCAGCAGAGAGACGCGGCAGAGGAGGCGCGCGAGGCUGCCGAGGCGGCUGCGGAGGAGCUGCGGAACAAGGUGAGUGCGCGUGAGGCGGAGAUCAGCCGGCUGAACGGCCUGCUGCAGGGCGGUCGGCCGCAGCACGCCGUGCUGGCAGACUCAGACGGUAAAGAGAACGCCCCGACUCGCUCCAACGUGCCCUACACCGAACUGAAGAAAGCCAACGCGCGACUGGAGAAGAAGCUCAAAGAGGCCGUGCAUACUCAGCACGAGGCUAUGCAGCGAGCCGUCCAGCUCGCGCAGAAAAACGAGGCGCUCAAACGCGAGCUGGACGAUCUGGAUGAGAUUGUACACGCUUUGGACCGGGACCGGGACCAGGCGGUGCUCUCCAAGCAGCAGCAGCUGCAGGACGAGCGCAGCCGCGCAGAGGAGACGGUCCAGGAGCUCGGCGCGGCGGCGGCGCGCGCCGAGCGACAGACGGCCGAGCUGGCGGCGGCGCGUGACCGGCUGGCCGACACGGAAUCUGAACUGUCGGCCGAGCGGCGCCGGCGGGAGCAGAUCGAAACGGAGCUGGCCGCCGCGCGCCAGGCCGCCGCCAGUCACGAAACGGUGCUGCAAACGCUGCGAGCCGACCGACAGGAGGCCCAGCGACGGCUUGAUAAAAUAGCGGAGAACGAGAAACAACUCGUACUGGAGCUGGACCGGCUCAGUCGGCAGAAGACCAACAAGGUUCGCAUGCCGGAGAAGACGCAGAAGCUGAUCGACGGUCUUGAAGAGCAGCGCGACUACUUUAAAAGUCAGGUGGAGGAACUCUUGGAGCAGCUGGAGAAGAGGGACGUAUCGGCAGCCAGUCUGCACGCAGAGGAGACUGCUGAGACAGGGAUGUCCGCAAUGGAGGCCGCCGGACUGCGGGCCGACCUGGGCGACUGUCGCCGCCAGCUGGACGACUGUCGCCGCGAGCUGGAGCAGUGUCGCCGCCAGCUGCUCUGUCGCACGGACGAGAGUGAGCAGCUGCGGCGCCGACUGGACGAGGCGCUGUGCUCGCUGCACAGACUAAGCGACUCGCAAGCGUCAGCCACGAUGACCAGCACGGCACAGCUGGAGGGACUGCUGCAUACCAUGGAGCGCACCAUGGAACAGGAGCGCAGCCUCGCGUCCGGCGACUGCAAGAGGCUGGAGCACGAGCGGAAUGAGCUGCGCUCGCGGCUCAAGGUGGCCACUGAGACGCAGCUGGCCGAGCGAGUGAAGCAGGAGGCGCGGAUAGCCGAGCUAGAGGCGCUGAUCGGGGCUGCAGAGACGGACCGCACUGUUCAGCGCAGCGAGGCGGCCUCACAACGAGCGCUGAUCGUCAGUCUGGAGGCGCAAAUGAAGGGUCUACAGGACACCCUGAGUGAAUCCCAGACAGAACUUAGCCGUGUGCUGGCCAAAAACAAUAAGAUGAAGACGUUUGUCAGUCGCGGAGAGUCGUCGCUGAAGGACUGCGAAAACCAGCUCAUCAAGAAGACAGGUGAGCUGGAGGCGUGCCUUCAGGAGCUGCAAGCGGUGCAGCGGCAGUGCGCCGAUUUACGCCGCACUCAGGAGGAGGCACAGCGCGAGGCGCGCCGUCAGACCAAAGUGAUUGAGCAGCUGGUACGUGAGAGGGACAAGUUCCAGAACACCGUGGACGAUAAGACGGAGCUGCUCGACGAGCAUCGACAGCAGCUGGAGAAGUGCAACGCGCACAUCGUCCAGCUGGAGUCUACGGUGACCAACGUGGCGGCCGACCUGGCUACCAGUCGCGAGCAGGUCUCUGAGCUGGAGAAGGAACUGCGCUCGGUCCGACGUAAGCUGGAGGCGGCCGAGGCGCAGGUGGGCAGCAGCGAUCGCCACCGGGGAGCUGUCACCGAAGAGAACCGUCGACUCCAGCAGGACCUGACCACGCUGACUCGCGAGCUGCAACAGAUGAAGAAAGAACGCGAGGAGGCCGGUCGGCUGCAGGAGGAACUUCGUCAACAAGUACGCGAGUAUGUCAACGAGGUAGCGCGCGUGGAGGAACUGCUCGGCAUCCGGGAGGAAGAGCGUAACGACCUGCUGAGGCAGUACAAGAACCUCACAGUGGAGGCGUCAGGUCUGGAGGAGACCAACCACACUCUGGACUCUGAGGUGACCCUUCUGCGCUCGGAGGUGGCUGCGCGCGACGCCGAGCUCGAGCACGCGCGUGAAACGAUUACACUACUGAACGAGGACAUCCAGCAGACUUCUGUGGCGCGUCAGCAGGCGGACAUUUCUGCGAGUCGUCUGAACGAGUCUCUCUCUGGACUGGAGGCGCGCCUGCAGCAGGCUGAGGCCGAUCGCGACCGGCUGGACCGCGAGCUGGCAGCGUGUCGCGAUCUCAGCUGCAAGCUCGACUCCCAGCGCCAGACCCUGAGCCGCGAGCUGGCGGACCGGGACCGCGAGCUGGAGCGUCUGCGCUCCGAGAGCCGCACGCAGCAGACGGAGCUGCAGACGGUGAGACAGCAGCUCACCUCCGAGCGCGCCACUUGUCAGAACCUGGAGUCGCUGCUAGCCUCGUCCCGCGGGCAGCAGUACGAGUCGGACAUGACCUCUCAGCAGCAGACGGCCGAGCUAGGCCGGCUCUCUGAGCGAGUCUCGGCCCUGCAGAGCGAAUUGGAGGCUCAGAAAAUCGAGACGGGUCUGUACCGUGCGCAGGCAGCCGAUAAAGAUGCCGAGUUGGACCGAUACAAACGUCAGAUCGUCAGCGAACGGUUCGAAAAGGAGCGUCUCAGCCAGGAGCUGCGCCGCCUGCGACGGGAAACUGUUCUCUCCACGUCAGCUCCGCUGCUGCCGGGCACCGGCCGCAGUCCAACCGGUCACGACCUGGGCGGAUCCCCGACCGGCGUGACGACGCGUCUGUUCUCCAGCACUGCAGAAACGAGCAGCUCGUUCCGCAGACAUACAGACGGAAGCCCGUCCGGCGCCGGCUGAUGAUGGUGCGGGCUGAGGAGUGACAAGGCAGCGCGUGAGAUGGAUGGUGUAGCAUAUUGGCAUGUGUUGCUACACUGCUAAAAUGCUGAAGGAUAGGAGAGAUCUCAACAAGCACUGCGCGGGUAGUGGAAGCGACACUGGCAAAUCGCACGACACCACAGCGUAAGAUUAGACUGAGGCUCUUUCGACCAGCUGCGUAACAAUUCCGUCCUGUGUCUGUGCCUUCAUGUCCGACCAAUUUCUCACGAUGAGUCUCGUCCUUCACCGGCACGUAGUUGUUAGCUGUGUCAGAUUAGCGUUUUCACCAGUUCGCGUGUCGUGUCACUGAUUUCCCUGAGCUGUGCCAUACUCGAUCUCAUCGAACGAUGAUGCGUGAUUCCGUCGGAGAAUUUGGUGUUGAGUCAGUGACGUGUAGUGUUGUGCCGGUGUUGUGAAUUGCUGAGCCAUUGGCAUCGGGUGGUCGCACCGAAAGUCUCGACAUUCGGUGCGGAUUUUAUGUUGACCAGUAUGUUUCCGCCCAGUCUGACUAGUGACUACUCACCGUAGCCUGCCUGGAGGUGAUGCAUGUCUACGUGAUGUUGGCUAGUUUGUUAUGUGCACUGAUACUGCCGCUGCCGAAUGAAGCUUUUAUGCUCGUAAACAACGAAACAGUUAGUCAUCCAAGUUAGUUGUUUUGGGUGCCACCGGUCUGUUGGGAUUCUCCAGCAUUGCAUUCAUCUCGAUUUAUCAAAUUGUUUGUCGUUUUUACCACAACUGUGCCUCCGCGGGCAUCCGUGCUCGCAGUAAUGACCGAAUGUGCACAGGGUUUUCUCAGUGUAUUCAGCUCAACCCAUGCAACAAUCACUGCCAAUCGUGAUAUUGCUGUCACAGGACUGACUGUAGACUGUAGAGCUCGUCGGUCAGCCGAACUUUUUCCCAGUUGUGUCUUAGCCAGUGCAUUAGGCGAUCGUUCGGUGUUAGUCUGUUCGUUGUUGAGUUGUGUGUUGGCAUAGUAUGCGUGUGCACAUCGGUUAUAUUAAAGUCACCGUCUUAAUGAAAAUAUAUGUUUAAAUGUCCACA